AUGACAAGUUGGAAAGAAUGGAUGGGUGACACAUAUUAUGAGAGAGAUGAUAUUCAUCCAAUGGAGACAAAUGAAAUAGAUGAAAAUAAUAGCUUCAAUGAAAAUAACUAUUUUUUCGACGACACAUCACCAUUCGAAACGGAUAUUCAUCCAAUGGACACAAAUGAAACAUAUGAAAAUGAAAGUUUGAACGAAAGUCGUUAUUUCUUUGAUGACACGUCACCCUUCAAAACAAAUAAGGUGUUCAAUUCUCGUCAAGAAUUGAUGGAUUGGGUGCAAAAUAUGGCAAAUACUUUAGGUUAUGUCAUCGUCAUAAAAAAUUCUAAACGUAACUUUAAUGUUGUAUUUCAAUGUGACCGUGGAGAAGGUCAUCCUUAUCCACGACGACUAACUGAAUAUGAAUGUCGAAUAGUGGAAGAUUUGUUGAAAAAAAAUGUCAAACCAAAAGAUAUAUUAUCUGCACUAAAAAACCUAAAUCCGAAAAAUGUAUCUACUCUCAAAACUAUCUACAAUGCAGACGAAAAACUUCGACGUAGGGAGAGAGAAGGUAAAACUCAAAUGCAAGGUGUUAUGGAAUUUCUAGAUCAAAAUGGAUAUGUUUAUUAUAGUCGUGCAAAUGUUUUGACAAAUAAGUUAGAAGAUUUAUUCUUUGCUCAUCCAAGAUCAUUAGAAAUAUGGCGUGCAUUUCCACAUGUCUUGUUAAUGGAUGCAACAUAUAAAACAAACAAGUACGGGAUGCCUCUAUUGGAGAUUGUUGGUGUAACUCCAACAAAUAUGGCAUUUUCCAUUGCAUUUGUGUACAUGCAUGAAGAAAAACAAUCCAACUAUGUUUGGGCUUUAGACUGUCUAAAAUCGGUAAUGGAAGGAUGUAUGUUGCCGCGUGUUAUUGUGACUGAUAGAGAAAUGGCUCUCAUGAACGCAUACACUAUUAUAUUUCCAGAUGCUAAAGGAUUACUUUGCAGAUGGCAUAUAAAUAACAAUAUCAUGAAGAAAUGCAAAUCAUGUUGGGAUGUUCUUUAUACGUCAUGGACGAGGUUGGUUAACUCUGAAACAAAGGAAGCAUACAACAAGAAUUUGGCACAAGUUGAAAAAACUACGAACAAUUAUCCAGAUGCAUUUUCUUAUCUAAACAAAACAUGGUUGACACCACACAAAGAAAAGUUUGUGUCUGCAUGGACCGAUAAGUUUCUUAACUUUGGCAAUCACACAACUAAUAGAGCUGAAAGUCAACAUGCCAAGUUAAAAAGAUAUGUCGAAACAUCAAGAUCAGAUAUCGCCAAAUCAUUGAAGCGUAUUGCUGAUGUUGUUGAGUCACAAUACACAGGUAUAAAAGCGAGUCUUGCGCAUAACAAAAUUUUCAUUGUACAUCGGUACUACGAAAUACCACAUCUAAAACCAUUGUGUCGUUUCGUUUCAAUUUAUGCACUUGAUAUCAUUUUCAAAGAAUAUGAGCGGUCCAAAGAAUUUGGAUUUGUUUAUGAAAAUUGUGGAUGUCAAGUACGUACAAGUUAUGUGCUGCCAUGUGCGCAUGAACAAGCUAUAUUUGUUAAAAAAGGUCAUUGUGUACCGCUUCAUUCAGUAGAUAAGUUUUGGAAGAAACUUGAUUUAUUAGAAUGCAAAUCGUUAGAAGAUGAUAAAUUGGGUUGUGCAGUUGAGGUAAAUAUGUUUAAUGCUCAUUACGAAAAACAAUCAAGACCUGUUAAGUUAAGUUUAGCAAGGAAGUUACUAAACUUAAUCACGCCGUCAACAACUUCAGUUUCUGAACCUGCUACUCACAAAAAUACUCGUGGGCGCCCCUCCUUAAAGAAGAAACUUUUCAAGAAAACCCAUAUCGAUUUAAACCACGACCCACCAACUCAACAUCCACCACCUCAAGAUCAACCGACUCAAGCGCCACCAACUCAAUAUCCGUCUCGACGUAGCAUUUCUACUUAUACGCCUGAUUAUAUGCGGUCUAAUUUGUUUGAUCUAAACCAGGAGCCGGAUAGGCACAGUACGUACUCGUUCCGAGAACCUCCAAUGUUCAACUCAACUUUUAAUCAGGAACAAUCGAUGCAUAGCUCGUACUUCAACCAAGAACAAGUAAUGUAUAAUUCAGAUCCACUUAUGAAUGAAAUUCCGUAUGAAUUUCAUCCAUAUGUCACAAACAUACAAAACGUGAGGGGAGAUGGAAAUUGUGGAUUUCGUGCAAUAGCUGCGUGUCUCGGUUAUAGUGAAGAUAAUUGGCGUCAAAUCCGCUUAGAUUUACAGAAUGAGUUGUUAGCACACCCAGCUGAGUACGCACAGAUUUUUGAUUACGAUUUAAACACCAUACACCACUCAUUGAAUUUCAAUGGAUCACAUUUCGCACCAACAGAUCAUUGGUUGAUUAUGCCGGUCACUAGCUUUCUCAUUGCUAACAAGUAUAAUGUAAUAGUUAUUUUUCUAAGCAAAGAUAGUCCGUCAACAUGUUUUCCACUAUGGCUUGGUCCCCAAGACAUCUCAACUCAUAGAGUUGUUGUUAUUGCUCUUGUUAGAGGUGAUCAUUAUGUGAAGGUUGAUUUACAUGGAGGAUAUCCAAUGCCUACUAUUUUACCACUUUGGCGUCACAACAGAUCAUCACGGUCUGCUGGAUGGAAAAUUGUUUAUGCUGCUCGCCUGAAUUCCUACAUUUCUCCAUUUGCAACACACAAUAAUUGUAACAAUUCUACAGUUAUAAUAUCUGAUAAUUAG